AUGACAAGGAAGUUCAUUCGUCGGAUGCUCGGGUGCUUCUCAAACAAACAUGACUGCAACGUGGACACCAGCAACAUCUUCCGGGUGGAUGGCAUUGUAGCCGUUAUCACCGGUGGUGGCAGUGGAAUUGGCCUGAGUAUGACCCGUGCCCUGGCUGCCAAUGGUGCCCACAAGAUCUACAUUCUAGGCCGUCGGCUGCAGGUCCUCGAGAAGGCCGCUGCCGAAUAUCCCAAUGUUAUCAUCCCCCACCAAGCCGAUGUGACCUCCGAACAGGAUCUUCAAGCAGCUGUGGAUCGAGUCAAGUCAGAAGUGGGCUAUGUCAAUCUUGUUGUCGCCAAUUCAGGAAGCAUCGGACCUCCCGUACGGUUCAACCCAACGGCCUCUCUCCCCAACUUGCGUCAAUCUCUAUUCACCGAUUUCUCCAUGGACGGUAUGAACGAAGCUCUGAACCUCAAUAUCACCGCUGCUUUCUUCACAAUGACUGCGUUCCUCGAAUUGCUCGACGCGGGAACGCAGAAUGCCCUGAAAGGCGGGUUCGGCAAGCCCCUGCAGGAGGGCAGCGAUGUGCCCUCGAUCCAGAGCCAGGUUAUCUUCACGACGAGUAUCUCGGCCUUCAGUCGUCACUGGACCUCGUCGGCCCCGUAUCUGACCAGCAAAGUGGCUAUCAUGCAAGUGGCGAAGCAUGCCAGUACCCAGCUGGCGCGGUUUGGUAUUCGUGUCAAUGCCAUUGCUCCUGGAAUCUACCCUUCGGACCUGGCAGCGGUUUUUAUCUCUAGCCGCAAGCCUGAGGAAGCAGCUUCUCACGAUGAUCGUUUCAUUCCGGCUCGCCGUUUCGGAGGGGAUGAGGAGAUGGCGGGUGCCAUUCUGUAUUUGACGAGUCGGGCAGGGAGCUACUCGAAUGGAUUGAUCCUCACUACCGACGGUGGCCGCUUAUCUGUUAUUAUCAGUACCUAUUAA